AUGGCUAUCCCUGUAAUUGAUUUCUCAAAGCUUGAUGGUGAAGAGAGAGCCAAGACUCUGGCUCAGAUUGCUCAUUGCUGUGAAGAGUGGGGAUUUUUUCAGCUGAUCAACCAUGGGAUCUCUGAGGAGCUGUUGGAGAAGGUGAAGAAAGUUGCAUCCGAAUGCUUCGAACUGGAAAGAGAGCCGAAUUUCAAGAACUCGAAGCCCGUCAAACUCUUGAACGAAAUAAUCGAGAAGAAAAGCGACGAGAAAUUAGAGAAUGUGGAUUGGGAGGAUGUUUUCUUGCUCUCUGAUGAUAAUGAUGAUCAGUGGCCUACCAAAACCCCUGGCUUCAAGUAG